AUGGCUGACGAAUUACCAAUAAACCAAGAAAACGCCAAGAAAGAAAACAAAGAAAUCGUAGACUCCGAACCUGACACCUUGAUCACCCUUACGAUAAAGACUACAACCAUGAAAGAUUCGGUGAAAGUGUCCCAAGACCUAACGGUGAAGGAGUUCAAAGACGUCGUGGCGAUUAAAUUCAAAGCAGAACCCAAAGACCUGGUUCUAAUAUUCGCGGGCAAGAUCAUGAAAGACGAAGACACGCUCAAGCAACUUAAGGUAAAGGACGGAUUGUCCAUCCACGUCGUGGUUCGCACCGAACCCCAACCAACUCCGCAGCCUUCGUUGAACUCCAACUUGGACAGUCCCCCGGUUAACGUCGAAGCCCCGUUCGGCAACCUGGGCAUCAGCUCCUCGCUGUUCGAGGGCCUAGAAGACUCCCAAAGGCAGACUUUGGAGCAAAUGAGACCGAUGAUACAGCAGCUGCUCAACACGCCCUCCAUGCGCCUGUUAAUGGAGGCCAUGCAAUCAGACCCGAGCGCCAUGAACUACUCCGCCAUAUUGGAGCAGAUUCCGCACCUUAUGCCGCAGGUCGAGAAUCAGGACAUUCAAAAUUUGGUGUCGUCGUUGAGCACCUACGUGCAGGAACUGAAUACGAAUAAUUUGGCGCCGAAUAAUGCCCAACCGACUGACCCCAUGCCGCCAAUUAUCCCGAUCCUACCGACUAACACCGUACCCGCGACCAAUCCUGUUGCCCCUAAUCCUAAUCCGGCGGCCCCUAAUGUUCGCACUGACACUUUGGCGGAGCUGUUUUCGCAAAUGAUGUCGGGCAUGAUGCAGAAUAACAAUACGCCACCUGAGGAGCUGUAUCGUAGCCAGCUGGAGCAGUUGGCGGAAAUAGGGUUCACCAACAGAGAGGCGAACAUUCGAGCUCUGGUUUCGACUUUUGGCGACGUCAAUGCUGCAGUGGAAAGACUGUUGACGCAAGAUGAACCCCAUGCGGAUCAACCGUAG